AUGGGUGGUGAACAGGUAUGCAUGGUUCGAAAACCCGGCAUCACUACAACCAUGAAAAGUAUGAUUUCCUAUGGUGAGGUGAAUGCGAAAUCCUUAGAAACAGUUGGAUGGGGUCUAGAAAAUGGGAAACAGUGUGUUCUAGAUGAAACUAGUCGCGUUUUCAGCGGUAAGCUACCUCUUGAAUAUCUGAUGGUUUUUGCUGAAGACUAUGAAAAAGCUAUUCUAAAUAUCAAGCAGAAGUUGAUUCUCAUUAUAGCUCGUUUAUUCAAGAAUUCCUACAUAGAAGAAGUUGAUGCCGCAUUGGAGAUGAACAAAAUCGAAUGGAAGAUAAGGCACGUGGUGCCAUCAGAUAAACAGAUAUUGAAGUUGUUGAAUCAUUUGAAUAGGAGUACCACUGCAAAAGUAAGAAUUGCAUACAGGAUGUGGGAUCUUCAUGAGCUACCAACAAUCCGGGAAACAGCUUCCGAUAUUUGGGCCGUUAAAACUACCAAUAGCCUCGAGCGACUGCGAUUCAUCAUCAUAGGAUUCCAAAAGUCCUCGAACACAGAUGAUAGAUCUAAGGAUGUAACACAGUUCACCCAUGCAGGAGUAAAUAUUCGAUUGUAUCUGAAUUCGGAAGUUUAUCCAUACGAACGAUGGAACUUGGAUUUCGAUAAAAAAUUGGAAGCGGUAUCCUACUAUGCCUACGAAAAUUUCCAACGUAGUUACUAUGGGAAAGAUAUGGGUGAACCAAUGAUGAGCAUUGAAGGAUUUCGCGCUAACCCACUAUUCAUCAUAGAUUGCAAUUAUCAACCUGAUGCAAUGAGAUCCUCAACUGUCGACAUAAAGUUAGAGUUUGAAACACGUAAAACGAAGUUUCCAUCUCACACCAAAGUUUACGCAUUUAUUCUCCAUGACGCAUAUUUGACUUAA